AUGAAGAUCACCAUUAAGGAAUCAUCUAUUGUACGCCCAAACCAAGAUACACCAAACCACCGGCUUGGGGUCACUAACCUGGACCUGUUUCAAAUAAAAUAUCAUGUCCCUUUGCUUUAUCUAUACAAGCCAAAUGGAUCUUCCAAUUUCUUUGAAGCUAAAGUGCUUAAGGAGGCUUUGAGCAAAGUUCUUGUGUCAUUUUAUCCUGUAGCUGGGAGAUUGGCAAGGGAUGCCAAUGGUAGGAUUGAAAUAAACUGCAAUGGAGAAGGAGGGCUAUUCGUUGAGGCUGAAUCAGAUACCGCUAUGGGUGACGUUGGUGAUUUCAAGCCUAGCGAGGAACUUCGCCAGCUUAUUCCUACCGUUGACUACAGUGAAAUCUCUUCUUAUCCGCUCCUUGUUUUACAGGUAACCAGAUUCACAUGCGGUGGAGUGUGCCUUGGAGUUGGAUGGAAUCAUCCUCUAGCAGAUGGUACAGGAUGUCUUCAUUUCAUUAACGCAUGGUCAGAUAUGGUGCGAGGCCUCUCUGUUAAAAUCCCACCAUUCCUUGAUCGAACUGUUCUUCGUGGCAGAAUCCCACCCACCCCUACCUUCCAUCAUGUUGAAUACGAUCCAUUCCCUACCAUUAACACCCAUUCCCCAAACCCCAUUUCCGAGUCAGGUUCUAAAGACAUUUCUAUAGCAAACCUUAAGAUCACAAGUGAUUUGCUUAACACUUUGAGAGCUAUGACAAACAACAAUGAUGCAAGCAAGACCAAGCACAGCACUUUUGUGAUCCUCACAGCACAUAUAUGGCGUUGUGCAUGCAAAGCGCGAGGUUUGACUAAUGAUCAAGCAACCAAGUUAAACAUACUAACAGAUGGAAGGUCUAGAUUUUGUCCACCACUUCCAACUGGUUAUUUUGGCAAUGCAAUCUUUCAAGCUACGCCCGUUGCUUCCUCUGGUGGCCUCUUAUCAGAACCAUUAGUGCACACUGUUGAGAGAAUUCACAAAGCAAUAAAACGAAUGGAUGAUGAGUAUUUGAGAUCAGCUGUUGACUACUUGGAAAAACUAGAUGACUUAGCUACUGCCAUGAGAACCCCUGGGACUUACAGGAGCCCAAACCUCAGCAUGGUUUGUUGGAUGCAUUUGCCCUUUUAUGACGCUAAUUUUGGAUGGGGCAAGCCUAUAUGUAUGCGGCCUGCAUUUGUAUUUGAAGGCAAAGGAUACAUACUACCAAGUUCAACAAAUGAUGGAAGUUUGUCAUUGACCAUAUGCUUAGAGACGGAUCACAUGCAAUCCUUCCAAAAAUUAUUUUACGAGUACCACAAAAGGAGCGUCUUGUAA